AUGCACCCCGAGGCCUCGGAGCCCGCGGAGGACGCGGCGGCCGAGCUGGACCGCGCGCAGGAGCCGGGCGUGGAGGAGUCCGCGGGUGACCACCGGGACGCAGGCCAAGGGACCCGCAAGGAAGAAAUUAAUGAUCCUAAGGAAAUAUGCAUGGGUGUUUCUGACACUGCCUACCAAAACCAGCAGAAACAGAGUGGUGAUAGUGCAUCAGACAGUCAAUUAACACACCCAAAAGAGGACAGGGAUGAUCGGGGCCCCAGAAUGACUAAACAUUUCCUGCAGAAACUCUGCAAGCAACACAAGCUUUACAUCACCCCAGAGUUGAAUGAUACUCUGUAUUUGCACUUCAAAGGUUUCGACCGCAUCGAGAACCUGCAGGAGUACACGGGCCUGCGCUGUCUCUGGCUGGAGUGCAAUGGGAUACAGAAGAUCGAGAACCUGGAGGCGCAAACAGAACUGCGUUGCCUCUUCUUGCAAGUGAAUCUACUUCAUAAAAUUGAGAACCUGGAGCCUCUGCAGAAACUGGAUGCUCUUAACCUGAGCAACAAUUACAUCAAGACCAUCGAGAACCUCUCCUGCCUCCCCGUGCUGAACACACUGCAGAUGGCCCACAACCACCUGGAGACCCUGGAGGACAUUCAGCACCUGAGGGACUGCGCAAAGCUUUGCGUCCUUGACCUUUCCCAUAAUAGACUGAGGGACCCGGAGAUCCUGGUCAUCCUGGAGAGCAUGCCUGACCUGCGUGUGCUGAAUUUGAUGGGAAACCCAGUUAUCAGGCAUAUUCCUAAUUAUCGAAAGACAGUCACUGUUCGCCUGAAGCACCUGACCUACCUGGAUGACAGACCAGUUUUUCCAAAGGACAGGGCCUGCGCGGAGGCCUGGGCCCGGGGAGGGUACGCGGCCGAGAAGGAGGAGAGGCAGCUGUGGGAGAGCAGGGAGCGGAAGAAGAUGGAGGACAGCCUGGAGGCUUUGGCCAUGAUCAAGCGGCGGGCUGAGGAGAGGAGAAGAGAGAAAGAAGGGGAGAAGCCACCUCCAGACAGUGGGGACAGAAAGGAGGAGGCUCCACUGGACGGAGAAACACAACAGAAAAUGGAGUUCUUUGUGAAAGAAAGCUUCGAGGCCAAGGAUGAGCUGUUCCCGGAGAAGCCGGAGAAGCCGCGUGGAGGAGAGGGGUGGCCUGCAGAGGGGACGGAAGCCGAGGAGCCAGUGGGGAGCCUUCCCGCGCAGGCCCCGGCACCCCCAGGAGCAGCCAGGGGAGAUUCAGCCUCCCAGGUGGCAGAGACUGCAGGUGUGCUGCUGACGGAAGCUUCAGCCACCACGGAGCCAGGGGCCCAGGAGAAGUUCUUCAUGGAUGACCUGCCGGACCUGGAAGACGUGGAGGACACAGGCGCAACUCUGGAAGUCCAGGACACGGAAAGGUGCUCUCCAAAGAUUGAGGCCAUCUCGAGCUUAAGUGACAACGGUGACCCUGACCUGGACAAUGUGUCUCCAGAGCUGGAGAGCAGGCCCACAGACACCCAGUCACACAUAUUCGCAGUCUCUAGAGACACCUCGAAGAAGGCCGAGACCCCUUUUACAAACAUACUUAAGAAAGAAACUAUAAAGGCCUUGGGAACCCCAAGUCAAGUCCCCGAGUCCCCAAGGGUGCUUAUUCAGGAGAUUAGUGGCCAUGAGACCUCGAGCCAACUCCUCGUGCCCUCCUGCUGGAGAGAUGCUGCUCCUGCUCCUUCCAGCGAGAGUGGAGACAGACACCUCCCCGCAGCCCCUCCACCAGCAGACUGGACUGGAAAGAAUGAAGAGCGGAACGAGGAGUCCGGUGGGGGGACAGGCCGGGAGGACAUUGAAUUUGGCUUGGACUGA